CGGAGGGAGCACAGGUCUUCUAUUGUAAGGAGGGCGAACCUGUGCUCUCUCCGAAACUUAAACCAGCCCAGUCUUUUCCAUACUAAUUUCUAUCCACUUGAUGUGUUUGCAUCGACAUAUUUUGUAACUUGUUUGGUCACGCGCGUUCGGCAAACCUAACCUACACACGAGCUUGCGCGGCAUGGAGCGCAUCAAAUCCCUGCCCAGGGGAGUGGCGCACACCGUCCUCCUCGCCAUCUGCAACGACCCGUCGACCCUGAGGCGCGCCAUCGACCUGGUCGACCUCGUGGAGGCUCCGCAGUCGCCUGUCGACGGCGGCGACGACGACGACGACGACGGCUACGACGAGGACGAGGUCGAGGUCGAGAUCGUCGGCGUCGCGCCCAUGCCCAACAGGAAGCGCAAGAUCUCCUCGAGCGACGGCGUCACCAUCCGCGCCGCCGACCUCUUCAGCUGCGACGUCUGCGAGAAGCCCUUCCUCGCGAGCCGCAACCGCCACAACGCGUGCAAGUACCACGAGGGCGAGCUCGAGCCCGACCUCGAGUGCGGUCUUUGGGAUGACCACGUAGAGAACCCGGACGUCUGGGGCGAUAUAGACACACGCGAGAAUAUCCGGGAGCACCCCGAGGGCUUUUAUUGGGACUGCUGUGGCAAGCGGGCCGACGACUCUGGAUGCCAGGCCGACUACCACACCUCGGCCGACUUCUCCGGGAGCAGCGUGGCCAAGCGCAGCCGGCUCGAUGGGAGCGCCGACGGCGGGCAAGCGGCAUACGCAAACGACCCCAUCGACGUGCGGGACGACGGUGACGACGACGAUAGCGUGGUCGAGGUUGCCGCCCCUCUAGUUACCAUUGACGAUGACAUCGACGAGGAUCCCCCGGAGGAACUCGAAGAGGAGACCGGGUUCGGAGCUAGGAUUGUCAACGGCGAAGUGGUGGUCGAGGUUGCUCUCCACCAGGAGGCCAAACCGGCCGUCGCGGUUUCUGAUAACGACUCCCUAAAGGCUGGUGGUGAAGUAUAGGUCGAGGGCGAAGCUGUUACAGGCGCCAAUGGCCAGUAAUGGCGCACGCGCAUACACACACCUUCGCUUUUGAGCCGCCCCUUCGUUCGUCCACUCGCGUCGGCUCUACUCGGCGUAGUUGACGCCUCGCUAUGCAUUCACCACUCCUCUGCAGUGAGACACCAGCAGGUUCUCUCGGCCAAGGUUCCGUUGCCACAAACACCUCAACCAUCUCAGCCAGUCCCAUAACCGGGCUGGCCCACGAUUCCGAGAGCGUUGCGUUUGGGGUGUGGGUUUUGGUCGCGGCAUAGACGUGGUGCCGCAGGAAUCACUUCAGUAUACACGACCGUGAUUCGUUGGUAGUCGGAGGACUUAAUCCGGGACUCUAUCCUCCAUAGGAUACUACAACGAACGCGGAGGGCUACUUACUUUGCAGGGAUGGAUAUUCUCCUGCUAAACUUGCCGCCGCUUUGGUUGUCCACAAGUAGACUCGCGGUCUUGUAUGACCUGUUCGAGUCUUGAAGGCGCCAUCGGCGCCUACACCUGGUCAGCCGCCACGACGAGUCAAUGGCCGGUCAUUGUUAUAGGGUGCAGGGGAGAAUGUGAUAUAUACCAUGUUUGAGGCGCAGGCCUCACAAGUCUUGAGCGCUUGGUGUCAGAUGGCAGUGGUAUCAUCAACCACAGGGUUGAAACAUACACCUCUCUACACUACUAAUUCCCAGUGCCAUGUUUUCCUCUUUAAUCAUUCCAUCGCUCUAUACUUUGGUUGCUUUUUUAUCU